UGUUUCGUUGACAUUGACACAUGGCAGAGGCAGUACAGCUACGAAGCGAAGAUGAUGCAGCUGACACUCACACUGGCCUUGGCCUUGCUAGCGGUUCUUUGUCCACAAUGCGGACAGGCAUUGGAAUGGAAGCUGAAUGCGGAUGAUGGUCCUGAUCUGGGACGUCAGAUGGCUGUCCACUUGGCGCCUAAUACUCCAGCAAAGGUUCAGGAGGCGGCUGCAAGGGCAGUAAUCACCAGGUUGAUCGGAUUGCGAUCAUAUUCACAGCUUUUCCAGGUGGCGGUCAGCAAGGAAAUGGCGGCAAGAAGUUUUAAGAUCAGCAUGCUGGACAAUGGAAGGAUUCUGCUGACGGGCUGGGAUGGCGUCUGCGUUUGCAAGGCCUUUCAUUACUACCUUAAAAAUGUCCUUAACAAGGAUGUGGACUGGUUUAAGAUGCGCAUUGAGCUGCCCUCAAAUCUGCAGCUGUCCAAUGUGACCAUUGAGUCCACCUCUGGCAGUCCAAUAAUGUAUCACCAGAACGUGUGCACCUGGAGCUACAGCUUUGCGUGGUGGGGAUUCGAGCAGUGGCGUCGUCACAUCGAUUGGAUGGCCCUGAUGGGCAUCAGCCUGACCAUUGCUCCCGUCCAGGAAGCUAUUUGGACAGAAGUGUACACAGAGAUGGGACUUACUCAGGAGGAGAUCGAUGACCAUUUGGCUGGGCCUGCCUUUCAGGCAUGGCAGCGCAUGGGCAACAUCCGGGGAUGGGCUGGACCCUUGAAGCCGAAGUGGAUGCAUUUUCAGCUACUGCUCCAGCAGGAGAUUUUGACGGCCCAGCGAAACCUGGGCAUGAGUGUGGCACUUCCUGCCUUCGCAGGCCAUGUGCCGCGCGCCCUGAAGCGUCUGCAUCCGAACUCUACAUUCGCGGAGGUGCAGCGUUGGAACUCGUUUCCUGAUCGCUACUGCUGCGGUCUAUUUGUGGAGCCCACAGAGCCACUCUUUCAAGAAAUAGCCAAGAGCUUUCUGAGUCGUGUGGUGGCAACCUAUGGAUCUAAUCAUAUAUUCUUUUGCGACCCCUUCAAUGAGCUGGAGCCUCCGGUGGCUAAACCCGAAUAUAUGCGUUCUACGGCGGCAGCGAUACAUGAAUCCAUGAGGGAAGUCGAUCCUCAGGCAAUUUGGCUGCUACAAGGCUGGAUGUUUGUGAAGAAUCCCUUCUGGACGACGGACAUGGCGAAGGCCUUUCUCACGGCAGUUCCACGCGGCAGGAUUUUAGUGCUGGAUCUCCAGAGCGAACAGUUUCCACAGUACGAGCUAACGCAGUCCUACUUUGGACAGCCUUUCAUUUGGUGCAUGCUCCACAACUUUGGCGGAACGCUGGGCAUGUUCGGAUCCGCCAAGCUGAUAAAUUCAGGAAUCGAGAACGCACGUCGAAUGCCCAACAGCAGCUGGGUGGGUACAGGAAUCACACCCGAGGGCAUAAAUCAGAAUUAUGUUAUGUAUUCCCUGACCAUUGAGCGCGGCUGGAGCUCUUCAUCCUUGGACUUGGACAGCUGGUUCCGGGACUUUGCCCUCACUCGCUAUGGCGUCCAAGAUGAGCGACUGGAGCAGGCUUGGCUGUUGUUAAAGAACAGUGUUUAUUCCUUUCGCGGCCUACAGAAGAUGCGGGGACAAUAUGUGGUGACCCGAAGACCUUCCUUCAACCAGGAUCCCUUCACUUGGUAUAAUUCAAGCGACAUAUUGGAGGCCUGGCAUUUGCUGCUCUCCGCCAGGGCCAUAAUACCUUUGGAGGAUGACAGAUAUGAGAUGUAUGAGCACGAUCUGGUGGAUAUAUCCAGGCAGUAUUUGCAGAUUAGCGCAGAUCAGUUGUAUGUCAACCUGAAGUCGGCUUACAGGAAACGACAGGUGACCCGCUUCGAGUAUCUUAGCUCCAAGCUGCUGCAGUUGUUCGAUGAUAUGGAGCUGAUCUUGGCUAGCGGCAGGAACUUCUUACUCGGCAACUGGCUGGAGCAGGCCAAGCGGGUGGCUCCUGAGCCUGAAGACUUGAGCAACUUUGAAUUUAAUGCCAGGAAUCAGAUAACCGCAUGGGGUCCCGAUGGCCAGAUCUUGGACUAUGCAUGCAAACAGUGGUCGGGCCUGGUGAGGGAUUACUACAGGCCUCGUUGGAGGCUUUUCUUGGAGGAUGUGACUGUGGCCCUUCACUCCCAGCGACCCUUCAAUGGCACCGCCUUUAAGCAAAAGGUUUCACAGAAUAUUGAACUGCCGUUUAGCAACAAAAGCGAUAUUUAUCCUGUGGAUCCAGUUGGCCAGACCUGGUUCAUUUCACAAAACCUUUUCGAAACCUGGAAGGCUCUUACCAGGGACUCGCAAUUUCUCCACAACAAUCGACUAUUGGUGCCGAAAAAGUUGGGUGCUCAUUGAUAAGUUUUUUCCCUAAAACUUUUACUUUUCUGUCAAAAUUCAAACUUUUAUGACCAAUUUUAAUGUUGUAAGCUUGCAAGUCAAGUUGGACUUUGAUUAUAUUAAAUUAAUUGAUUAUCGGACGUGUAUAAAAAUAUGUUUAACUUUUUCUAUGACCAGUCAGGAAAAGAAAUUGAAAGAGAUUUGGAUGCUGUAAUUGGAUUUGUAGCCAACUGUAAGGUGCUUGGUGAACCUGCCUGGGCAGCUUUGCCAUACAAUGUAUUCCUUUAAAAAAUAAUUACAAGGUAACCAAUAAAAAUAGAAAACUUGCACACGGAUAAUUCGCAUCAUA